AUGCUUGACGGUGAAACACCGACUAAAGAAGCGUUGCUGGAAUUACGACAACGUUUCGAAUAUUUAGACAGCCAGGCCGUAACCUAUAAUAUGGAGGCCAUAACCUAUAUUUACCAAAUCGUUAAUAAUCUUGAUAUUGAACACAGUGAACAAGAACGCAUGACUAUAGAAGAUCAAUCUCCUCCUGAAGAACCAAUUUUACUAGGAAAUAACAUUAAAUUACUGGGAAUACAUCUGUCACCAGAUUUGGCGUGGAAGUGUCAUUUAGAAAAAAACACGCUGGAAAAAGAGAACUGGAAAAAGUACACUAUUAAUACAAAUAGAUAA